UGUCCUAAAAUAAUCUAUAUUUUGAUCAUUUUUUACGAGCCAUGUUGUUUCAGAGCAGCUUUCUCAGCCAUGUUUAAAGGCGCAUUAUGAACAGAACAGAUAAAAAUAAAAUAAAAUAAAUGGGUGCGUAAUGAAAACCGCAUAGAAUGUUUAUUUGCAAUGUAAAGAGUUUUGUUUUGCUACAAGAGAUGAUUCAGAUGACAAAGCAGCACAGAAGGGGCCGUUCUAAAGUUAAUUUACUGCACCAGACUCUCUCUCAGAUCUGAAGCUAUCAGACAGACUGAGAGUGCUCUGCAAGACUGUGCUGUUUGUGUGUGGUGAUGAACGGUUAAAAGUAAUAACAUUUGACAACACAGAUGAAAAUAGAUUAAGAGGGCACCUGAACCUCCAAAUUCAGAAAAAAGGAACACAGAGCCCCACCAUAAGGACUGUUUUGAAGUUUGGCGUCUUUUUGAGUGGGACCUUAAGAUCUAAAGAGUCUGCAAUGGAAGGCCAAACAAAAGAGGUACCAAAACAUCAGACCAAUACAGAAAUACCAAAUGGCAGUGGAUCAAGCUCGUCUAAUAUCAAUUCCAAAGAACAAACUGGAAAAAAUUCACCUGAGUUUAAUUCGUCUAAUGAACACUCAGUCAAUCUGGCUCUCAACGUGGACACAUCUUUGCUGCACUUAGUCUUUCUUGAAAAUAGGCCUGUUGUACUUCCUAUUAAUCUCCAGUUAUCUGGCGGUUUGACAAAUCAAGUUGAUGAGACGGGGCUGUCUCCUUUGUUCUUGCCUGCUUCAAGCAACGUCUCCAUGCCACUGGUACCGGAUGAGCAUUUCAACUCCCAUCUUCCACCUUCUUUACGCUCCUGUGCAUUUUCCAAUAUUCAGAUAAAUGCUUUACUUGAAAACCUGUUUUUGAGCCAACCAGAAGCUUUGGUUUACCACACAGAUGCACCAGUGUUUCAAAGCCAUAGAACUGCCACAUUUUUGCAAAACCUAAGGCCAUUUCUGAGCAGUUGCGCCCCAGCAGAGUAUCAAAUGACCGGCCCUGACCAACCAACGUCUUUACCUUCAAACUUCUUGCCGCAUGAAAUUGUCCCUCCCACUGGCACACCAAUAAACUCACUGAUCCCACCUGCAACCUUGUUGGUCCCUUAUCCAUUUGUGGUCCCAUUGCCAGUGCCAUUACCAAUUCCAAUCCCUAUCCAAAUGCCUCAGAGUUUCGACUCAAAAACAUUGAUAAAAACCUCCAAAACUGGUUCUAUGGCAGAAAAAAGCACAAUGACUUCACCUACCAUCUCUUGUGUUACCAGAAGCACAGCCUGCCCUGUAUUUUUACAUACAGCAUCAGUCUCUCAGGACGAGGUGCUUGACCUCUCACUGAAGUCAACCCAAACUAACCGGGAAAAUGUUUUAUCUGCUUCACCAAAUGCAGCACUAGAUCUGUCUAUGGUACGCUCAAAUAGUAGACUUCAGUAUGGACGAAACACAUGGUCAACAUAAGAAGGCAAUGGAAACAUCACAAGUUCAAAGUAUGAGGACUACAAUGGCAGGAUUGUGUGCCCAACUCAAACAGUCAAAGCCAUUGUGUCGCCCACAGAGAACACUCCUGUCUCUUUACGUGACAAACGAAGAGGCUUCUCAUGGGACUGCAAACUCGCCCAUGAAACCAGACAGGGUCCAGCAUACUGUGCCACAGGACAGCUCUAGGAGACUGUCCACUUGUAGUGAACCACAGAGACACAACUUAAAUAACAAAAAAUGUAUAUUUCAAAAGGGAUAGGUCACAAAGCAUGCGUAGACCCUCCUCCAUUAAGAGAAAACAGCACCAGGCUUAUUUUCUGCCCUGAAAAUAGCAUAUGCUAUAUGUAAUACUUUUUGUGAUUGCAGAUUCAUUUUAUUUUAUUUUUAGGCAAGGAAGUUAUUAAUACCAAUUCAAGACCAUGGAAUUAAAUACACUAUAUUACCAAAAGUGGUGCAUCCGACGCUUUGCAUGGCACCUUGUGAUGUAUGGCUUGGAUGAAGCUCUCUACGCACUGUUCUUGGGCUAAUCUGAAGGUCACAUGAAGUUUGGAGGUCUGUAACAAUUGACUCUGCAGAAAGUUGGCGACCCCUUCGCACUAUGCGCCUCAUCAUCCCAGGAUCCCGCUCCGUCAGUUUACAUGGCCUACCAGUUUGUGGCUGAGUUGCUGUUGUUCCCAAACAUUCCAUGUUCUUUUAAUACAGCUGACAGUUGACUGUGAAAUAUUUAGGAGCGAGGAAAUUUCACGACUGGAUUUGUUGCACAGCUGGCAUUCUAUCACAGUUUCACGCUGUAAUUCACAGAGCUCCUGAGAGCAACCUAUUCUUUCACAAAUGUUUGUAAAAACAGUCUGCAUGCCUAGGUGCUUGAUUUAAUACACCUGUGGCCAUUGGA